UCCGCAGCAGUGAGAGCAGAAGGCGUUGCUGAAGCAGUCGCUGCGCUGGCCGGAGCCGGAGCAGGAGCUGAGCCGGAGCAGGAGCCCGAGCUGGAGCUGGAGGGAGUCUGUGUGUGUGUGUGCUUCGCUGGAGACGGAGCAGCAGCAUCUCUUCUGGAGGGUUUGGGAGCGUGUGAAGGCAAGAAUGGCUGGACCAGUUUGCAGAUCCACCACCAGUGUGCUGAUGGGCCUGUUUUCCUGCAGCCCCACCAACAUUUGUCCAUUUCCUCAUCUGGUCAUCUUUACAAGUUUGAUAGACUGAAACCUUGGAAACAUGACUUUCUUUGGCCUCUUGGCUUUGCUUGUUCUGCCAAGUGCAGCUCUUAGCACCAAUUUUCCCGAUGAAACCAUUGCAGAAUUGUCUGUGAAUGUGUAUAAUCAUCUACGAGCCACUGGGGAAGAUGAAAAUAUUCUCUUCUCUCCUUUGAGUAUUGCUAUUGCAAUGGGAAUGGUGGAACUGGGAGCCCAUGGAUCCACCCUGAAAGAAAUACGUCAUUCCAUGGGAUAUGAAGGCUUGAAAGAUGGGGAAGAAUUUUCCUUCUUGAGGAAUCUCUCUGACAUGAUAACCACUGAGGAGAACCAGUAUGUGAUGAAAAUGGCCAACUCCCUCUUUGUGCAAAAUGGAUUCCAUGUCAAUGAAAAGUUCUUGCAGAUGAUGAAAAAGUAUUUUCAAGCUGAAAUUGAUCAUGUAGAUUUCAGUCAAAAUGAAGCUGUAGCCAGUUAUAUCAACAAGUGGGUGGAGAAUCACACCAACAGUCUAGUGAAGGAUUUGGUUUUAGCAAGAGAUUUCAGUGCUUUGACUCACCUGGCCCUCAUCAAUGCCGUCUACUUCAAAGGAAGCUGGAAGUCACAAUUUAGGCCUGAAAACACAAGAACCUUCUCUUUCACAAAAGAUGAUGAAAGCGAGGCUCAGAUUCCAAUGAUGUACCAACAGGGAGAGUUUUAUUAUGGGGAAUUUAGCGAUGGCUCCAAUGAGGCAGGUGGCAUCUAUCAGGUUUUGGAAAUACCCUACGAAGGGGAUGAAAUCAGCAUGAUGCUUGUUCUGUCCCGACAAGAAGUCCCACUGGUCACCCUGGAGCCAUUAGUGAAGCCUCAGCUGCUUGAAGAAUGGGCCAACUCCGUGAAGAAGCAGAAAGUGGAAGUGUAUCUACCAAGGUUCACUGUAGAGCAGGAAAUUGACCUCAAAGAUGUCCUGAAGGGCCUGGGGAUUUCUGAAGUUUUCAGCAGAAAUGCAGAUUUCAGUGCACUGUCUGACAACAAGGAGAUUUUCCUGGCUCGAGCGGUCCACAAGUCCUUCAUCGAGGUUAAUGAGGAGGGCUCUGAAGCGGCUGCUGCCUCAGGAAUGAUCGCCAUUAGUCGCAUGGCCGUGCUCUAUCCCCAAGUUAUUGUCGACCAUCCAUUCUUUUUCCUUAUCAGGAAUAGGAGAACAGGUACCAUCUUGUUCAUGGGAAGAGUCAUGCAUCCAGAAGCAAUGAACACAAGUGGCCACGAUUUUGAGGAGCUGUAAAUAUUUAAUCUCACAUCAUUAAAGGAAAACUGUCACAAAGCACACCAUGUUUGCACCUGGUAUCUAUAAGGUCUGUGUUCUCCAAUGUAUACUCUGAACCCUUUCCAAGCCCGCACAGUCAUGUGAAUGGCCAGCUGGUCUUGUCAAAGAAUGCUUUCUGUAUUAUUGCCAUCAUGGUCCUCUUGCUGUCCUUGUGGUUACUGUGUUGGUAUUGAAAAUAAAACCAUCUAUUGUACACAUGAA